GACUGCUACGGGGCAACAAAUACAGACGCAAUCCAAUUCUGUCCCUUCCCAGAUCAAACAUCACAACUUCCCCCUCCAAAUUCCAAAUUUGGGGGUGCUUGGACGCUUGAUCAACUGCUGUGAAAGUAUCUCUAUAUAAUUAAAGAUGUUUUUUGAGGGAUAUGGUUAUCAUGGGACAUCGUUUGAGCAGACAUAUCGAUGUUACCCUGCAUCUUUCAUCGAAAAGCCCCAAAUUGAGAGUGGUGACAAAAUUAUAAUGCCUCCUUCAGCCCUUGACCGUCUAGCAUCUUUGCAUAUUGAUUAUCCAAUGUUGUUUGAACUUCGGAAUGAUGCUGCUGAGCGAGUUUCUCAUUGUGGGGUUUUGGAAUUCAUUGCAGAGGAAGGCAUGAUUUAUAUGCCAUACUGGAUGAUGGAGAACAUGCUUUUACAAGAGGGAGACAUUGUUAGAGUGAAGAAUGUGACACUUCCAAAGGGUACAUAUGUUAAGUUACAACCCCACACGAAGGAUUUCUUGGAUAUUUCCAAUCCGAAAGCUAUCCUGGAGACAACUUUGAGAAAUUUUUCCUGCUUGACUGCUGGAGAUAGCAUCAUGGUGGCAUACAACAACAAAAAAUAUUACAUAGAUAUUAUAGAAACCAAGCCUGCCGAUGCAAUAAGCAUCAUUGAGACAGACUGUGAGGUUGACUUUGCUCCUCCCUUGGAUUACAAGGAACCUGAGAAGCCCACUGCACCACGUUCUGCAAGCAAGGCAUCAGACAAAGUUGAGGAUGCCCCGGCUGAAACCGAGCCUAAAUUCAACCCAUUUACUGGAACUGGGAGACGCUUGGAUGGAAAACCCUCAAAGAAUCCACUUUCUUCAGACUCUUCUUCGGGUUCUAAGGAUGGGAGACCUGAGGUUCGAACUGGAAGUCCACUGGCUUCUGCAGCGUCUAGUUCCCAGAGCAAUGCUGGUCAAUCUCAGAAGAAGCUUGUGUUUGGGUCAAAUGCCAACCGAUCUAAAGACACUGGAAAGGAAAAAGAGGCGAAACAGGAGCCAUCUCAACAGAAAGAAGAACCAAAAUUUCAGCCUUUUACGGGGAAAAAGUAUUCCCUCCGAGGCUGAUGAAUAUAUAUGAUAUGAAUUUAACAUUUUACAGUCAUUUAUUUCAUUGGAUGCUGUGGGGAGCAAAGGAUAUAGCAGAACUAUUUAUUGUUUCUUGUGUAAUUAAUUAAAGGAUAGGACCUUAGGAUGCCACAAGAGACUUAGAAGCUGGCCUGCUUGUGAAACGCUUGACGAGUCUUUAAGCUAAGCUUUAAAGAAUGGUUCAUGUUGUGUUGGGUCGCACUAAGCUGCCCACUGCUGCUUUUCUCACAUUGAUUGGUGAGAGGUGAAGAUUGCGUUUCCGCUCUCAAAUGUCGUGAAGACUGGGAACUUUGGCAACUCCCUACAA